AUGCGCGAUCGUUGCAAUGAAUUUGAAACAAUUGUGGGAAUCGCAGUGAUUUUCUCUGCGGUCACUGGAAUAUUCACAAAUCUAUUAGUGAUAUUGUUGUCAUUCGGUCAUGUUCAUGGUGACUUUCGUUUCUUUGUGGCAAACCUUGCAGUUGUGGAUAUUUUAUGUGGAUCUGUUUUUAUGUUCAUGGGCUAUAUAAAUGUAAAUGAUGAUCAUCAUAUCCCCAGCCAGUUUUUAUAUUACAUGACAUUAGCAUUUUAUGGAUCCUUUGGGACCAUGAUAUGCGCAAUUGUGCCGAUUUCUCUGAGCCGAGUUUUGGCACUUUCCAACGCGUCUGUGUAUACAACAAUCUUCGGUGGCAGACGUUCGCUGUUCUUCUGCGUGUUUUUGGAUUUGCUUCCGAUAGGGAUACUUUAUUUGAUAUGUGUGGUGGAUCACGAUUUGGCCAAAAUUCUUUUCUACUGCUUUGCUUUUAUUACUACUUUUGCUUACUUUGUGGCGUUUACUACAAACUACAUGGUAUUCCGUGUAGUCGCAAAACAUAUAAAAGUGGUAGAGAAUCUCCAUGACCAAGCAAGACUACUUGAAACCAGACAAGUAGCGAUUGCGACCUUAGCCCAAGCUAUAAUUCCUCUUUUUUGUCAGGUUCCCGCAUUCUUGACUCUCAGCUCUGUUCUGCUGCUUUCCGAGCCGUUAACAAACGGCCAUGUCAUUAUCAUAACUCAACUAUGGUUGGCCUUGAGUCCAUUUCUAGAUGCAGUGAUUACUAUAAUUGUUAUCAAGCAGUAUAGAAAAAAUUGGCUUACAUGUGCAUCAACAGUUGGAAAACGAAUUUGGAAGCCAAAAAACAACGACGUAUUGAACAGUGAAGAAAAAAAAGUAUUAGAAACCCGACUUUGA